CUCUAUAGAUACCAAACACAUUACCCGAAGUAUCAUCAUGAUAAACAGAUAAUUUGACCGAAACUUGACACUGUUAAUAUCAAAAUGAAGUUGAAGCAUUAUCCUGGAAAAGCUGUCCUGGACGAUCCCGCGUGGUUGGAAAUGGAUGUACCCAACAGCACGAGGAGCCGAUUGUACGAAGCCAGUUGGGAAGAUACCCAACGAAAUUUAUCGAUACCCAACUCAUACGAGAGUGAGAGUAGCUCAGAUUACAAUUUCGGGUCAAAGAUGGGCAAAUACCAAAACACUUUAGAAAGAAAAAAGUACAGGAAAAAUCACAAAAGCGGAUCUGGUUCUGAUAAAGGUAGUAGCAACGGAAGCAUUCGAAAUCAUCGUUACCACAGCGACAAGUACUUAUCCCAUUUCAAUAACAAGAAUAAAACCGUAAUGGAUGAAUGUUACUUUAGCCAAAAUUCAUCAACCCAUGAAGUGUAUGUAACGAACAGUAAUAAUGUUACGUUGGACAGAAAGCCGAAAAUUACAAACGGUCAUCUUAGUCGAAGUACAUCGUUUCAUGAAAUGGCCACCCCUAAGUCCACCACCCAAAAAAAGAAGGCUUUUGAAAAGAAACAAGGUGGCGAAUGUACCGUACACCAAUUCGGUCAAAAUAAACAAAAUAUUUUAAAACCAACAGCAAGAAGUGUUGCUGUCACAAAAUCAGCGUCAGAAAAAAAUUUAUAUGAUCUCAACAAAACCGUAUCGCCUUUAGAAUCUACCCCAAAUUAUACCGAUUCGGAUGAAUAUGACGAUUAUUAUCAUAUACAUCGAGAGAUGAACGUAAGUAGUUACAGUAACACCAACUGGUCAUUUAUAAAACAACCAAAUCCCGACGUUGUUAUGAACGGCGAGCCAAAUCGUUCUGAAGAUGCUGAAAGUUCAGAUAGCGAAGAGUCUACGGCGUCUUGGAAGAAUUUUGACGAUAACCAGCAGGGCUACGGUAAAAUAAUUAGAAAACAACUGAAAAGUAAAACUGAAGACACUCCAUCUGUACAUAAAAGUACCCACACUAUUACUAAUGGGCAUCACUCUCCGCAAUCAACCAAACCCUAUUUGGUUUUUUCCCAAAGUGAAUUUAAUCCCAUGGAUUACUUUGGUAACACCACCAAGGAGAGCGACGGCAAAGAAGAUGCUCCACAAUCUCAACGUGACAUUGAUGUAACAGAAAACUACAACGAAACUGAAAAUAGUUCUAAAGAAAAGUACGUUUUCGAUCCACCAAUGGAAAUACCUAAACCAAAACCUCGUACGAAAAUUCCAAAUGGAAACGCCCAUGCUUACCGUUACAAGGAAGUCGUUAAUGAUCUUGAAGACCAUCUUACAAAAAAGUCGGUAAGAUUUAACGACAAAAGUACUGAAAUAGGAACCAGCAUUCAAAAUACAGAUGACCACAUUUACUUGGAAGACGAUAAUUCUUCUGAUUUGCGAUCCUGGGAAACUUCGCAAAUCCAGAAUGAUUCCGAUGAUCUCAAAGUUCCUUACAAUGGCGAAAACCAUAAGGAAGCCUUGUACGCUUUGCCAAGGAAAUUACAAAAAAGUGGAACUAAGUCUGACGAAGAUGGGGAGAAUACCGCAGAAACUAGAACACACUCUUGGGUAGACAACCAGAACGAUUACCUUCGAGACAACGAAGAGGGUUUCACAGGUUCGGCGGAGUCUUUGACGAAAAAUUUUACCAAAACUGGACCUGCUGGUACUGACGUCAGUUUGGACCGUAACGACAGUGGUUACUACGAAUCUCCAAAAAAGAUUCGACAAAGAAUUCCCCCGAAAAAUAUUUACUGUUCAUCUAGUAGUAGCAAUUCCGAAGACGAAGGAGACGGGAGCAUCGAAGAAGAUGACGAAGACUUCCGUAACAGUUCCGAAAAAGUCAAUUCCGAUCAAGAAAUGUCACCAAGAAACGACAUUUACGACAUUUACAAGAUUGGUGCUAAUGUGCAGCAGAAAUUCGUAGACACUUUGAGACUAGAAAAUCGUCCUAGCACGAAGCAAACGAAGCAAGUCGCGGUGGUGUCGCAAGUGACCGACGUUGUUAACGUUAGUGACAGGGACAGUGAAAGGGGUAGUCGGGUGAGUGAAUUUUCGAUUCCACGACCAAAAUUGAUAGUGCCUGUGCACACGUACGCAGUUCGAAAACGGAGGACCGGAAAUCUGUUACGUAAAAACAGUCAGUUGACAAAUUGUACUCUGGUUUCGUCUUCUGUGGGUGGUGGUGAGGCAGAGAACACUAUAGAUGGAAGAGUAGAAGUUUCUAGAGAAAAUAAGUACCUAAGUUCAAUAGCACCAGGUAAGGUUUUGGGCGAAUUGGCAAUUUUGUACAACUGUAAAAGAACUGCUACGAUAAAAGCUGCAACUGAUUGUAAACUAUGGGCUAUCGAGAGACAAUGUUUCCAAACUAUCAUGAUGAGGACAGGCCUUAUCCGGCAGGCCGAAUAUUCCGACUUUCUCAAGAGUGUGCCACUCUUCAAGAAUCUUCCCGAAGAUGUUCUUAUAAAAAUUUCGGAUGUAUUGGAAGAGACAUUCUACGCAGAAGGCGAUUACAUUCUUCGACAGGGUGCAAGAGGUGACACGUUCUUUAUAAUUAGUAAGGGCAGAGUUAAAGUGACAAUCAAACAACCGAAUAGUUCUGAAGAAAAAUACAUACGUACCCUCGGCAAGGGAGAUUUCUUUGGUGAAAAGGCAUUACAAGGAGAUGACUUGAGGACGGCCAAUGUUAUUUGUGAUGAUCCUGAAGGAGUGUCUUGUCUUGUAAUCGAUAGAGAGACAUUCAAUCAACUUAUCUCGAAUUUGGAAGAAGUAAAGACAAGAUAUACUGACGAAGGUGACGAAAGGAGAAGAGAGAACCAGCAGUUCGAGAAAGUCAAAUUGUCAGAUUUACGCAUUCUCGCAACGCUAGGAGUGGGUGGAUUCGGUAGGGUCGAGCUCGUUCAAAUCCAAAACGAUCCUUCGCGUUCUUUCGCCUUGAAACAAAUGAAGAAGGCUCAAAUUGUCGAAACGCGUCAACAGCAACACAUCAUGUCCGAGAAAGAGAUCAUGGGUGAAGCCAAUUGUGAUUUCAUCGUUAAAUUGUACAAGACGUUCAAGGAUCGCAAGUAUCUUUACAUGUUGAUGGAAAGCUGUCUAGGGGGCGAAUUAUGGACGGUUUUAAGAGACAAGGGCUAUUUUGAUGAUUCUACCACCCGCUUUUAUACGGCAUGUGUGGUGGAAGCGUUUGACUAUUUACACUCCAGAAAUAUAAUAUAUAGAGAUCUCAAACCUGAAAAUUUACUCUUAGACAACCAGGGAUACGUGAAAUUGGUUGACUUUGGAUUCGCCAAAAAAUUGCAAACAGGAAGAAAAACAUGGACGUUCUGUGGCACUCCAGAAUACGUUGCUCCAGAAGUGAUAUUGAACAAGGGUCACGAUAUAAGUGCGGAUUACUGGUCCUUGGGAGUGCUUAUGUUUGAAUUGUUGACAGGAACCCCUCCGUUCACAGGGGCGGAUCCAAUGAAAACAUACAAUAUCAUCCUGAAAGGCAUUGACGCCAUUGAGUUCCCUAGAAAUAUAACCAGAAAUGCACAAGCUCUCAUCAAGAAACUCUGUCGCGAUAAUCCUGCUGAACGACUGGGAUAUCAGAAAGGCGGCAUUAGUGAUAUUAGGAAGCAUAAAUGGUUCGAUGGUUUCAACUGGGAAGGUCUUUGUUACAAGACGUUGAUACCCCCCAUAACUCCUCAAGUAAAACACGUAACGGAUACGUCCAAUUUCGACGACUAUCCCCCUGACGGCGACGGACCUCCACCCGAUGACAUAACAGGCUGGGACACAGAUUUUUAACGAAUUAUACAAACAAUUAUUAGGAUAAUGUUGCCAUUAAAACACAACUAAGAUAAAUAGGUAUAUCUAAAUUCGAAAAAUUUCAA